AUGGCCAAGUGGGAUCCCACCUACCCGCGCUCCAAGCAGCGGUCAACCCCGCCCCGCCGCAGCCUCGCGCUGCGCCGCAAGCGCUCGUCCCGCCACGUUGCGUCGGGGCUCUCCGCCAAAGACUCCAGCGCAUCCGGGGCGGAUCUGGAGCUGGCGGCGCCCAAACCGCGGCACAGCAUCGGCGGGUCCACGGACUGGAGGGCCGGGCUGCUGCUGCCGACCACCACCACAGCCUCCUCCUUCUCUGCGCGGAAGGGCAACGGCAGCCACGCGCAUGCGAAGCGGGGCGCGCGGCUCGACGAGGCCGGCGUCGCGCACUUCCUCGCCGCGCUGGAGCGGACGUGGAAGAAGACGGUGGCGGGCGCGUCGAGGAUGUUCGUGGAGAGGCACCGGAGCAGCCACGUGCAGCUCAUCAGCGACAUGGUUUAGUAGAUGAGAUCACCCAAGCUGCCGCCCGUCCACCCGCCUCGGCGCCGCCAUUGCCGUUGGAUGUUCAGUUUCUAUCUAUGAACAACGACCAAGUUCUCUUAACAGCGGGACAUCUGAGUUCGUCGUGGUGAUGGCAGCUAACACGGAGCCGCUCGAAAUCUCCUCGACCUCCCGUCAUGUUUCUUGCUGACGGCAAGGUUCCAUGGUGCCAAGUGGCCUUUGGCCAUCUUGAACUGGGACUCCAGUAACAAAUGACCAAGCCCAAGGAGGAAGCAGUUGCUCAUCACUGAGGACAAGUAACUCCAGCAGGUGAAGUAUGAAGUGUGAAGCCGUGAAGCCUAUCAGCAAGAGUAGCAUAUUAUGUAUUGUAAUAUCAGGCAAAGUGUAAUAGUGGUCAGAGUAGCAUAUUAUGUAUUGUAAUAUUUAGUGUUGUUUUGGAUGAAUUUCAUUUGCUCUAUAAUCUGUUUGAAAUAUUGACUGUGUAUAUAAUUUCAAUACCUAUGAAAUGGAAACCUGACCAGCGGGACCCAUUUAUGAAAAUUGGUUGACAAAUUUUGAAA